ACCUUAGGAAUUAGGGCAAGUCCUCUGUCUUAGUCAUUUCCUCUGUGAGUAACAGAUCAGAUUGCUACAGUAGUUCAUUUACACGCUGCUCUCUGCUCUGAACAAACUUAUCCCCAUCUGAUAUCAUUUUCCUCCCAGAAGAAGCUUCUGUGUCUUCGGGAUUAACAUUUGGAUCAAAGCUCACAGAAAAAAAAGAAACUCUCUGAAGAAUCAUGAGUGAUCCUUUUGACUGUGAAAGCUGCAAGGAGUCCCUGUAUGGAAGAAAAUACAUCCAGAUGGACGAGGGCCCUUAUUGCAUUCCAUGCUAUGACAACCUGUUUGCUAACACAUGUGAUGAGUGCAAAGAACUGAUUGGCCAUGAUGCUCGGGAAUUAUACUAUGAAAAUCGGCAUUAUCAUGAGAACUGCUUCCGUUGCUUCCGCUGUGACCACUCUCUGGCAGAUGAGCCCUUCACGUGCCAGGACGAUGAACUCCUGUGUAAUGACUGUUACUGCAGUGAAUUCUCCUCCAAGUGUGUCAGUUGUGAGAAAACCGUCAUGCCAGGUUCCCGCAAAUUGGAAUACAAUGGGCAGACUUGGCAUGAACACUGCUUUAUAUGCAAUAGCUGUAAGCAACCCAUUGGCUCUCGUUCUUUCAUCCCAGAGAAUCAAGCUCACUAUUGCAUUCCGUGCUAUGAGAGCAAGUUUGCCCCACGCUGCACACAUUGCAAAAAGUCAUUGACAAAAGGAGGAAUCACUUACCGGGAUGAGCCAUGGCACAAGGAAUGCUUUGUCUGCACUGGAUGUAAAACCCAGCUGGCUGGGCAACAAUUCACUUCCCAGGAUGAGAAGCCAUACUGCAUCAAAUGCUUUGGAAACCUGUAUGCCAAAAAAUGUGCUGGGUGUAUUAAACCAAUCACAGGUUUCGGGGGUGGCAAGUAUGUGUCCUUUGAAGACCGACAUUGGCAUCAUAGUUGCUUUAACUGCUCACGCUGCUCUACAUCUCUUGUUGGCAAGGGAUUUAUCCCGGACAAUGAGGACAUUCUGUGCCGAGGCUGUAACAGCGACCUUUAAACUUGCAAAUCUAUCAAUAUUUACCUGCACUAGGGCAUAUCCAUUUGUCUGGCUUUCUGCAAAGAUUUGUGGAGCAGUACGCUACAAAUAUCCUUGUCAGAAACCACAGCAUGAAGCAAAUCAAAAACCAAGAUAUUUCCUUUAUUAUAACAGGCUUUUAGAUUUUGCACAACAAUUUUAUAUCUCUAUGGCUUUGGCUCCUCAUCAUUAUCCGUGUGUAUUUCUCUAUUUUAUUGUUAAGUCAAGCUAAGUGUUACGCAAAGGAUGCCUGUGCUGCUAAAAUACCGCAAAUCAGAAAUUAUAGGCAUGUUAUCCUGAGUAUUAAAAAAAUCCUUUCACACUGAAAGGAUAAAAAAAAAUAUUUUUCUAAAGUUAUUAAUGAAAUUAUCACGUUAGAUGCCUCAGCCCUUUUUGUCCUCUAUAAAUAUGCUCAGUGAACUUCAAAGUCAGUGUUAAAGGCACAAUAUUUCUCUAAGGAUUAGUGGAAUUAUAAGAGAUUCUAAGUUUACAUUUCACAAAAAGUUCUAUUAAGGACUAAUUAAUAUCUAGGCUUUCCAGACGUGGAAGCAACUUUCUGUGAAAUUGUAUCUCUAUUCAGGUGUUGUCUGCAUUUUUUCUUUCCUCUUUGUUUUGCGUUACCUGGCACAUCUAUGGCACUCCUUGGCAUCUGUUGAAAGACAAAAUAUGAUAUCAAAAUAGUGGUGGGAACAGAUUUCUCUUCUAGAUUCAUAGUGAGCAACAGCAUUUUAUAACUGGAGUUUUGGCAAAUAAAAGGACAUCUUAUAUGUAACAAAUAUCUUUGGUGAGAAUUAAUGUUUUUAUUUUUUUUUCUCAACAACCAUAUUUCAACUGUAAAAUUGUCUACUUCAUUUCGGUAACUAUUGUAUAAAGUGAACAAGUGUAUUUGUUAUGUAACGGAGUCAAGGUUUUACCAGUUCAAUAGAAAGCAGAGUAGCAUUUCUGGGUACCAAAUGGCUUGAUCUAGCAGCAUAGAAUAAAAUAAAUAUUCAAACGAGUUUCCAGAACUAUGCUUAAUAUAGACUACAUUAUAGAAUACAUCUGGAAAAAUAUUCAUCAAUUUAUAUUAAAAAUAAAAAUCUAUCUCUGGUGGGAA